UUGCGUUUCUUGUAGGCAGUUAUUUCACAAAGUACACUCCAGAUGCUCACAACGUCGGUAGCUAACGAGGCAAACAUUGACGACAGUGCGUACGGAAUUUCGUCCAAGCUGUAACACAAGCUGAAGCUGUAUAUACAAGCUGAAGAGUCAAGUUCCCUUUGACCCCACUCCAGACAUGCAGUGGUCGAUCAUCAUCAUUCUCCUUUCCGCAUCUGCCAUCCACGCUGCUCUGCCGAAACAAUACCCCAUUGAUACUAACAUAACCGACAUCGGCAUAAAAUUCCUCCAAUACCUCCCUGACAACAAUGCCUCCAACAUCGCGUUCUCGCCGCUUGGCCUCUACCUCACGCUCGCCUUUCUGCACAUGGGAAGUCGCAGCAAUACCGCUGGAGAAGUGACGCGCGUCACCGGAUCAACCGAUCCAGACCCUCAAGUAGUGCUCUACUCUGCGAAGCCACUCAUCUACCAAAUCCGUGAUGAAGCGAAACCCCACAAGUUCGAGAUGGCGAACGCUAUCCUCUUAAAGAGCGACAUACCCACUAAGCUGUGGUUCCUCCAACAGCUCACCGACCCAAAUAUCAAAGCGACGCAAAGAAACAUCAGCGAAUACGCGCAGGUUGAAGUCAACCGAUGGGCGAAAGCCAUAACGAACGGGUCUAUUUCGGUGCUUAUCGAGAAACCGCUAGCCUCUAAUGCUACGAUUCAUAUUUUCAACGCGAUAUUCUUCAGCGGACACUGGAGGGAGAAAUUUGAUCCUAGAACGACGAAAGAGGAAUCCUUUUACAAUGCCGAUAAAACGGUAAGCAAACGUCAACUGAUGAAGAAGGAAGAAACUUUUUUGAGCGCAUACGACGCUGAUCUGGAUGCAGACGCUGUCAUCAUACCCUACUCUGGUAGUCUUGUGAAGUUCUGCCUUAUCGUCCCGAGAUCGAAGUACGGAGCCGUGAGAGUAAAGAACAACUUAACUUCCGCAAAAUUCCACCAUUUAUUGUCGAACAUGAAGCCGCAGCGGAUAGAUUUGUACUUGCCAAAGUUUACGCUGGAAGCUUCCUACGACUUGAAAGAUUUUUUCUGGAAGCUAAAGGUGAGGAGAGUCUUCACGGUUUAUUCGAACUCGAUGGGGUUCUCGAUGAAGCCAAACAUUCCCGUGUCAGGUGUUACUCAUAAGUCGAGCAUGGUCGUUGACGAUUACGGAGGGCAGCCAUGGGAACCAUCUCCAACAGAGGCACCUCCGCCGCAGGCUCUGGUUGUUAAAGCAGACCACGCGUUUCUCUUUUUUGUAACGGCUGGAAAAAGGAACGCGCCAAUAUAUGCUGGUUUGAUCAAUAAACUCUGACGAACUGUAAAGUAAACUGAUUUGUGCAAAAUA